UUCAAAGUCCUAAAUAAAGCACAAUUCCCACAAUGCACAACCCGUUUCUCUCUCCCUGAAUAAAUUCCCAUUCAUUCAUCCAUAGAACAAAGCUACGAAUUUUGGUUUUUCUCGCAUCAAUUUCUCAUCCUCUGCAAUUUCUUCUACCUGUGGUGGUGGUGGUGUCAGAGUUUCACAUUAUAUGGCAACAACAACUGGGUGAAGCUCUGAAACGCCACCGUUUGAUAGAUAGAAAACAAAAGAGCACAAUGGAGGCAGAGAGGAUGAGACAGUUGAUGCUCCUUUAUUGUAGAAAGCAAAGUAACCGUGUGGCUCUUAUGGGUGGAAACCAUACCGCUGCAAGGUUCUGCGCUCGCUAAAGUUCCCACCUUUUCGAUUCGCUGGCUUUUUGUUACUUCGUUCUCGCAAUCAUCUUCAGUUUUCUGCAUCUGGGUCUUCUCCGUUUUUGCUGCAAAGGUAGGAAAUGGAAUUGGGUCGUGGGUAUAGGAGCAAGAUGAAUAAGCAUCAUUUGCAUGGUGGAGGGAUUAGUUUGAAUUCUGAUACUGUUUUUGUUAUCAAGAUUCCUGAUGCACGGUUUCUUCGCAUUGUUUCACGGUCUGUGUUUUUGGCUAUGGCUCUUGCAACGUUGCCUUUUCUUGGGUCUAUUCUGAAGGGAUUCUCACCAAGUUUGGGUACAGUUGAUUCUGGAUUUGAUGCUACUGCGUCUGGGAACAUCAAUGCUGAGGUGUUGAAUUCGAUUCUCCAUGAUUUGGGUGAGGAAGGCCUUCUCAAAAAGGAGGAUAAGGCUCUCAUUGUUAGCCCUCCACAUGGGUUUGAGGGUGUUGCUAUGUUGAACUUGAACAGUGAAGUUUAUGUGGCUAUGGAUUCUGAUUUAGAGAGACGGAGCUCUUUCCCAGAUGAGUCAUAUGAUUUUGUGUUUGCCCCUAGAUUUGAAGAUGCUAUGUUUGCUGAUCGCAUUUUGAGAAUUAAUGGCAUUCUGGCUUUCCCAUUGAGCAGUAACCCAUCCAAUGUUGGUUUAAGAAAACAGUCUAAUUAUAGAGUUGUGUAUCUUAGGAGAUAUGACUCUAUCAUUGUUGCAAUGAGGAAAAUUGGCCUGGCCAAUAACUUGGUGGAUUCUUCUCCAAAGAGAAAGCUUUGCCAAUUUGCAACUGAGGCCAAAACAACUGCUUUAAAGGGUCUUGAAGAUGUGCUCCUUGAGCCUCCAAAACAGCAGGCUUUUGCCAAAUCAAACAAGAACUUGAAGAUCAAGUACCUGCCUGAGGUGUUGGGUGAUUCUCUUGAAGGUUACAAGCGAAGAGUCUUCAUUGGUGUGGGCUUGCCUGAGGAAAACAAGGGAGCAAUUGAAUGGUUUGAGAGGAACUACCCAAAGAAGAGUGCAAAAUUCGAGAUUCAGAGUCUCCUGGAUGCACCAGAAGACCCGGUUGUGUUCCAUACAGAUGUUUCUGAUUGGGUAUCAAAGCAUGUGAAAGAGGAAGAGUAUGUGGUAAUGAAGGCAGAAGCAGAUGUGGUGGAGGAGAUGAUGAAGAAAAGGACAAUAUGCUUAGUGGAUGAACUCUUCCUCGAGUGCAACAAUGAAUGGUGGCAGGCCGGGAAGAGAAAGAAGAGUGGCAGAGCAUAUUGGGAGUGCGUGGCUUUGUAUGGAAAGCUGAGGGAUGAGGGAGUUGCAGUACACCAAUGGUGGGGGUUGAAUUAGACAGACAUAGCAUUUUAGUGCUAGCCUGCUUGGUGUUGCUGUGAUAUGCUCUAUAUAGCAUUACAUGUUUGGUUAUUGUUAGUUUUCUUCUGGUUUGAUGUUUGUGAAUUUGUGCCUAGGGAGAACUGAGUGUGCCAUUGAUGUAUCCUAUUUGUAUUUCUUUUACACAAUUCUAACCAUAAUAA